CUUAAUUUCAAGACCAACUUCUGAUGAACGCAGCCGCAUCGUCACGAGUGGAUAAAGUGGACGCCAUCGUGUCCUAUGCAACCUAUUUCUAAAGAUGUACCAGUUGCAUCCACUUCCGCGGAUACGCGACUAUCGGAUCAUACACGAGAGAGGUUGGGUCCAGUAGCGGAUGAAGAAGACGAGGAAUGGGAUGACAACACCUGCUGCCACCGUGCGACCUUCUGCAACCCGAUGUUGCGAGAGAUCAUCGUGACCGACGUGAUCUCCACGUGCUUCGACCUGCAGCUGACUUGGGCGGAUCUCUUCUGGCUCGCGACUGUGAGCGGCUUGACUCUGCUGGCCUGGGCUGUUUUAUACUUCCUGCUGGGCGACGUGGUGUUACCCGGUGGUAGCAUCUUCGGUCUCUUCGUCUUGGUCGUUUUCUCCUACGCGCUCGGCUGGAGUCUAACUUGCAUUCCCUACUUGCAUCUACCGCCUAUCUUCGGUAUGCUGCUCGCCGGCAUAAUACUGCGCAACACUGACGUGUACAAUAUACACGACGAGCUCGGGCCGGGCACAACCUCCAAGAUCAGGACCUUCUGCUUGACCUUCAUCAUGGUACGUGCCGGUCUCCAGCUGACGACAACCGCUCUGAGGGCGCAUCCAGUGUUCGUGAUGAUCCUGGCGCUCGUCCCGUGCUCCGUCGAGAUGUUGACGGUCAGCGUCUUGUGCAGAUAUCUCCUCGAAUAUCCAUGGAAUUGGUCUUUUAUGACGGGGACGAUCGUCGCUUGCAUGUCUCCCGUAGUGACGGUCAACUGCAUGCUCGCCUUAGCUGAACGCGGUUAUGGAGAAAACAAAGGAUUAGCCAGUUUGCUAUGCACGGCGGCUUCUAUCGACGAUGUGCACAUCGUGUCCCUUUUCUCCAUUUGGUUCUCUUUCGUUUUCAGCAACGGUACACAAAACGGUCAUGACAGGAGAACAGAAUGGUGGUCCUAUAUCCCUGGCGGGAUUCGAGAUUUCCUCCUGGGAGUCAUAGUGGGAAUUAUCUUGGGCUUUGCCCUGGUCUUUUUCCCUCAUCGCAAUCACGUGCGCAGUACUACAGCCUUUUUAACGACGCUGAAAAUGCCCUUUACAUGGAAAGAAUGUCUAUUCGUCGCAAUAUCUUGGGUUCCGAAAGGAACGCUACAGGCAGCGUUGGCGCCAAUGGCGUUUGAACGUGCUAGAGAAGAAGGUGACCCCACGAAAAUCGAAUUAGCCCUCGACGUGGUGAGGAUUUCAGUGAUCGCUAUCGUAUUCUUAGCGCCACUCGGCGCCAUCGGUAUGAUGAGUGCCGGACCCUUUCUAUUAAACAAGAUCAGUAUCGAAGAACAACAAAGGGAGCGAGAAUUGAGCUACUUGCACAUUGUCUCUCUGCAACCUGUUAGAACGCGCAGAAAAAGGGAGAAGCCCGUCGACAAUAUCGUUAAUGUUCUCUCGUCAAAAGAAACGGCUUUGUAGUAUUAAUUGUUAUUACCGGAUAUACAGCUCUGACAUAAAACAGUACGUAUGCUCUAAAUUAAAUUUUGCGAAAUAUGGGAUUUAUUCUUAUUUUCUGUAAUAAUAUCCCUGCAAAAAUAUAAUGAAAAAAUCAAUGAAAGAAACAAGAGGGAGGCAGAUAUUGAUGUGACUCAUAAAAUUGAUCUGAAAUAACGCUACACGAUUUUUUAUGCAUAAUUUUUUAUGCGCACAGUUCCAAUUAUACGCUCUCCGUCACAUCAUGUUAUCGCUUCAGAUAACAUGAUGAUUCAAAUUCUAAUAAAACGUUCG